AUGGGCUACAUCACUCCGGCCUCCGAAGAAAGUGAUCCUUUGUUGUUGCGUAGCAAAGUGGUCAAUACAGAUCAAGAGCUUCGUCGAAGACCAAGUAAGGGCAGAAAGUCGGAAAAGAAGAUCCGAAAUUAUUACGAAAAGCAGAAUACGUUGAUCGAAAAUUUACUCAAACCGAUUGCUAAACAUGCCAAAGAGGAUGAAGAUGAGGCCGAAGCUGCCAAUGGAAUGGUGAAUUUUCUCAUCUAUCUCAACAUCGUUGCCAAUUUCGUCUUGGCAGGUUUGCAAUUAUACGCUGCUAUUUCGUCAUUAUCCCUCUCCUUGUUUGCAACGGCAGCUGAUAGCGUUUUCGAUCCGUUUGCCAAUAUCAUCUUGAACCUGCUACACAGGAAAUCGCAUCGACUUGACGAACGUAAAUGGCCAAUUGGAGGUAGUAGAUUGGAGAAUGCAGGAAAUAUUGUCUAUGCGGCCAUUAUGGGAUGUGUCUCCGUCGUUUUGAUUGUCGAAUCGGCCAGGGAUAUUGGAUCCCAUAAACCAGGCGAGAUCAAUAAACUUUACUAUCCAUCCCUUAUUGCCGUGGGAGUCGCUUUCCUCACAAAAGCAGCCUUGGGCGUAUUGAACUAUAUGUACCGCAAGCAUAGCAGUCAAUUGGAUAUGCUUUGGGUGGAUUGUCGAAACGAUUUAUUCAUCAACGGUUUUGGUAUUUUCACAUCUGCUGCUGGUGCAAAGAUUGCUUGGUGGAUCGACCCUACAGGCGCAGUGAUCAUCAGUUUCGGUAUCAUUUUCAGUUGGUCGAGAGCGGCAUACGAACAAUUUCGUGAAUUGUGCGGUGUUGCAGCACCUGUUGAAUUCUUGCAAUUAUGCACUUAUAAUGCUUUGCAUAUUCAUUAUCCGCAUAUCGAUAUGAUUGAUAGCGUUAAAGCUUAUCAUUCUGGUCCAAAGUAUAUCGUUGAAGUGGAUAUCGUGAUGAAACCAGAAACACCUUUAUGGCUCUCGCAUAAUGUCAGUCAAGAUCUUCAAGACAAAAUUGAACAAUUACCAAUGUGCGAACGAGCAUUCGUUCAUGUCGAUUUCGAAGUAGAUCAUAGACCAGAGCAUCAAGCAGCAAAGAAGGUCAAAUAG